AUGCCUCGAGCUGCAUUGCCUCCGACGCCCGCAUCAUCGACCGACAUCAAGGGGAAGGAUGGAUCUAGGCUGGCCUCGCUUCAGCUGUCCUUUGAGCUGCCGCCGCCUGCCAUGACGCCCAGCGGUUCAGCCUCGGACGUGUCGACCACAUCCUCUCACGAUCCCCCCAACCCGGCAAACCCGCUGCAGGCGAGCGAGACGGUCAAGACUCGUAGACGCUCCUCGGCCGCCCAUGUCCAGCCCAAGGACCAGUUUGCCCUGCCACCCCCACCGACCCGGUCUCGGAAGAUCAUACAGAUGAAGCCCCGCGAGGAGCCCUCGCCCGAACCCACAGCUGCUAACACUCGGGCUUCUUCGUCUGCCUCGAGGAGCAACACACUCGCUGCAUCGGCGCCGGCAAGUACCUCUUCGAAGAGGAAACAGCCUUCCGCCACGAGUGCAGCCGGAAGAAAGAUUGCGAGGAAGACGGCGCACAGCCUGAUCGAGCGUCGCCGGAGAUCUAAAAUGAACGACGAGUUUGCUCUUCUCAAGAGCAUGAUACCCGCAUGUACGGGCGAAAUGCACAAGCUAGCUAUCCUCCAGGCAUCGAUCGAGUAUGUGAGAUACCUAGAGGACUGCGUUGCCCAGCUGAAGGCGCGACAUGGGACGGAUGCGGAUUCCGGAAUGGACGGAGCCGGUCUCCCAUCGCCGUCAUUUGUGGAGCCAUAUAAUCCGGAGCCCAGCUAUGCCGGGGAUCCCUGCUCGCCUGACGUGGAGAUGACUGGCUCAGAGGCUCCGUCUCCAGAGCUGACGCCCAAUGCCGGACGGUCUCAACUGCCGUCGGUGUCGCCAGCCUUGCUCCCACAGGACUCGCGUCAUCGCCAUGACUCGUAUUCGUCGGCCUCUUACAGCACGCCGGCCACCACCUCCCCGGCGUUUGGCCCGCAGACGUAUGGAUACGCACAUAGCACACAAUCAACACCGGGCUCGACACUGACGAGCCCCGCCCUGCCACCUCAACGAGAUCCUGACCAAGAAGCAACUGCUGCAUUGCUGAUGCUGAAUCAGAUGGACAGACGAGGUGCGGCUGGGCGGGGGAUGAGCGUGAAGGACAUGCUGACGACAUGA